CUAGGUUCCGCCCCGGUGCCUGCCCGCCUCCUUUUUAAGCGCCUCCCGCCCAACCUCAGCUCCCUCUGGCUUUGCCACGCUCCUUCCUACCCCGCCUUCCUUGUCUCCCCCGACUGCUCUGGUUCCUGUGGCCACCCCGCAGCGCCAGCCCAGGUGCCAUGGCUGCUAUGUACCUCCCCAGCCUGCGUCCACCCCUCAGUGCUGUGCGGAGCCAUAAGGCCCUGAGGCCAAAGGGCUUGAGCCUUUGGGAGCCCAGGCUCCAAGCUCCCUAAAGAAGGUGGAAGGCUUAGCUUGCAUGGGCUGAGGCCCUGGCACUGGUCACCAUGCCGUAACAUCCAAACUCUGCGGGUACUCAGUGGAGACCUGGGCCAGCUGCCUGCCGGAGUCCGGGACUUUGUGGCACGCAGUGCCCGUCUGUGCCAACCAGAGAGCAUUCACAUUUGUGAUGGGUCUGAGGCUGAGAACGCUGCCACACUGGCCCUGCUGGAACAGCAGGGGCUUAUCCGGAAGCUCCCCAAGUAUGAGAACUGCUGGCUGGCUCGCACAGACCCCAAGGAUGUGGCGCGGGUAGAAAGCAAGACGGUGAUUGUAACCCCUUCGCAGAGGGACACAGUGCCCCUCCUGGCUGAUGGGGCCCGUGGGCAGCUGGGCAACUGGAUGUCCCCAGAUGAGUUCCAGCGAGCUGUGGAUGAGAGAUUCCCAGGAUGCAUGCAGGGCCGCACCAUGUAUGUGCUCCCGUUCAGCAUGGGUCCCGUGGGCUCCCCGCUGUCCCGCAUUGGAGUGCAGCUCACUGACUCAGCUUAUGUGGUGGCAAGCAUGCGUAUUAUGACCCGCCUGGGAACACCUGUGCUUCAGGCCCUGGGAGAUGGUGACUUUAUCAAGUGUCUGCAUUCAGUAGGCCAGCCCCUGACUGGGCAUGUCCCUGACACCCUGGUUUCUGAGGCCACUACCAGCAGCACUAUGACCCCAUUGUCUCCAGGGGAUCCUGUGAGCCCGUGGCCAUGCAAUCCGGAAAAAACUCUGAUUGGCCACGUGCCAGACCAGCGGGAGAUCGUCUCCUUCGGCAGCGGCUAUGGUGGUAACUCCUUGCUGGGCAAGAAGUGCUUUGCCCUGCGCAUCGCCUCUCGCCUGGCCAGGGAUGAGGGCUGGCUGGCCGAGCAUAUGCUGAUUUUGGGGAUCACCAACCCUGCAGGGAAAAAACGCUAUGUGGCAGCUGCUUUCCCCAGUGCCUGUGGCAAAACCAAUCUGGCUAUGAUGCAGCCUGCAUUGCCAGGCUGGAAAGUAGAGUGUGUGGGGGAUGACAUCGCCUGGAUGAGGUUUGACAGUGAAGGUCAGCUCCGGGCCAUCAACCCUGAGAAUGGCUUCUUUGGGGUGGCCCCUGGUACAUCUGCUACCACCAAUCCCAAUGCAAUGGCCACAAUCCAGAGUAACACUCUUUUCACCAAUGUGGCCGAGACCAGUGACGGCGGUGUGUACUGGGAAGGCAUUGACCAGCCUCUUCCACCCGGUGUCACUGUGACCUCCUGGCUGGGAAAGCCCUGGAAACCUGGUGACAAGGAACCCUGUGCACAUCCCAAUUCACGCUUUUGUGUCCCGGCUCGCCAGUGUCCCAUCAUGGACCCAGCCUGGGAGGCACCAGAGGGUGUCCCCAUUGAUGCCAUCAUCUUUGGAGGCCGCAGGCCCAAAGGGGUACCUCUGGUGUAUGAAGCCUUCAACUGGCGUCAUGGGGUGUUUGUAGGCAGCUCCAUGCGCUCAGAGUCCACUGCAGCUGCUGAACACAAAGGUGAGUUUACACCUUCCAUUGUCCCCUGUCACUGCUCCCACGUAGGUCCCAGCUUUAUCCUAUCCCUUCCUCCUCCCUCCCGUUGUUUCUCUUCACUUUCCCUGAAAAUAUUUCAGAACUGUCAGAUUUUACCCCGCCUCUGCCAGCAGGACACAGAGCUCCCUUCCCUUCCCUUCCCUACCCUCCUUCCUGUCCUAGGAAAGAUCAUUAUGCAUGAUCCCUUUGCCAUGCGGCCUUUUUUUGGCUAUAACUUUGGACACUACCUCCAACACUGGCUGAGCAUGGAGGGACACAAAGGAGCCCGGCUGCCUCGUAUCUUCCAUGUCAACUGGUUCCGGCGAGAUGAAGCGGGACGCUUCCUGUGGCCAGGUUUUGGGGAGAACGCUCGUGUGCUAGAUUGGAUCUGCAGACGAUUAGAUGGGGAAGACAGUGCCCAAGAGACUCCCAUCGGGCUGGUGCCAAAGGAAGGAGCCCUGAAUCUCAGUGGCCUCAAAGCGAUAGACAAUAUUCAGCUGUUCUCCAUCCCCAAGGACUUCUGGGAACAGGAGGUUCGCGAUAUUAGGAGCUACCUGACCGUGCAAGUCAACCAGGAUCUGCCUAAGGAGGUGUUGUCGGAGCUCGAGGCUCUGGAGGGGCGUGUGCGAAGAAUGUGACCUGAGUCUCUAGGCUAGCAAGAGCACAACACCCCCAUCUGGGUAGGGAAUUCCCAGGCUCAUAGAAAACAUGGACGGUUUGAUAUUAAAUGUGUGAGUAUUGGAAGGCCAGGCCACAGACCUUCUCCCUUGUCUGCUAAGAUUCACAGUUAUCUUA